UGUUCGUCCGUCGCGUGUGGUCGAUUAAGCGUUUCCUCGGAAUACGUAUAUUUAAUAUAUAUAAUAUAUGCAUCAACAGAUAUAUAGAGUGACAUAUAUAUGUAAAAAAAAUUAGUAGGCGUAAUAAUUGCCUGAGUGAAGAUAGCGCGAUAAAUUAAACAAAACAAUUUCAGAACUGAGACUAAAAGAAGACAUUGGAAUAAAGUGCUCCUAAAAAAUACAUAUUUAAUUAGUAUAUUUAAAUAAUUACACAAUAAUGCAGUCACUCUUUAUAUGGUCAUUUGCCGUGCUCUUAUCAAUAUUAAAUUGUGUCGCAGUCGAACCGCCCGAUGAUGGCAAAUUACGUGUUUGUGUGGUAGAAUCACGGGGCACUUAUCGUAAGGCGCCCAAGUUUUGCCCAUUGCUGGAGGCGACCAGUAACAUUGAAUGCGUUAUUGGUGUGGAUCGCUUGGACUGCGUUCGUCGCAUCCACAAGGGAACUGCACAUUUUGGUGUGCUAUCAUCCGAAGAUUUAAUUGCAGCUCGUUGGGCAAGUGCGGAAAUCUUGGUUGCCAGCGAACUGCGUUCCCAUGAAUCGCAUUUUGAGUACGAAAUUGUUGCCGUUGUGAAUAACAAUGCUGGCAUACACACAGCCCAUGAUCUGCAUGGUGCCAAGUUAUGUCAUCCUGGCUAUGGUUUGGAAAAUCACUGGACUGAAGUCUUGGCCAAUUAUUUCGAGUCAACCUUGGUGGCAAAGUCUUGCAAUCCAGAUCUCACUUUAACUGAAGAUCGCAUUGCAGCUUCUGCCAAGUUUUUCGGUCCCAGCUGUAAGGCAGGUCCCUGGGUGCCAGAUGCCAAGCAGGAUCGCAUCCUUAAGGAUCGCUAUCCGUCACUGUGUCAGAUGUGCUAUGAUCCCUACAGCUGCGACGAUACGGACAAACACUGGGGCAGACGUGGCACACUCUAUUGCCUGACCAGUGGAGGCGGCAGCGUUUCAUGGGCGCGUCUAGACGAUGUGAAGAGUCACUUUGGUAUGGCCGGUCUGGCAGCUCAGGAUGAUCCAUCGAAAUACAGCUAUCUCUGUCUGGAUGGCCAUUUGCAGCCCAUGAAUGUGACCCGUCCAUGCACCUGGACAUCAAAGCCUUGGCCAGUCGUUGCUGCCCGUCGCUCCCAUGCCGCCCAGGUGCAGCGUCUGGUCACUGGACUAACACACGAUGAGCCGCAGAGCUGGCAGAAUGCAUUGCUCAGUCUGCUGGAGACAUAUCAUGUGUUUACAUGGCCCAUGGACAAUGUCAUACCCAUUAAUGAUUAUCUUGAUCAGGCUGUUGGCUUUCAGUCCGCCUACAGUUUCCCCGAAUGCAAUCCACCACGUUCCAUUGUCGUCUGCACAACGUCCAUAAUCGAGCACAUCAAGUGUUCCUGGUUGCAAGAAGCAUCUCAGGUCUACGGUGUCGAACCCAAUAUUCAGUGUAUACGCACAUCAAAUCUGGAGAUGUGCAUGGAUGAUAUCAAAUACAAGAGUGCCGAUGUAAUGCUUGUGAAUCAGGAGCAGCGUGUGCAGGCGCAAAGGGAUUACGGCUUAAAGCCGUUGCUCUAUGAGUUUGCGGAGCGAAUGCACGAUCGCUAUACGAUCAUCGCGGUGGUUCACAAAGAUGGAAAGUACGAAAACUUCAAGGAUUUAAGAGGCGCUCGCGCAUGUUUGCCCAGUUAUGAGGGAGCUGCACAUCUCUCCGUUCUGGAGACCAUUAGGAAUGCCACUGGAGACGUGCACUCACUGCAUGCCUACUUUAAUCGUGAAUCUUGCCUGUGGCAUCCACAAAAAGGUAGUCAGUGUCCAGAGCAUUAUCGUGGCGAUGAAGGCGCCUUGCGUUGCCUAGCCGAAGGCUCCGAUGUGGCCUUCAUCAGCUCCGAUGUCUACAAGAAAUAUGUGAGCGGUAACUUAACUUCAGAUUGGGUGAAACGUGGCAAACCACAAUCUUACCGGCUGUUGUGUCCCUAUGGCGGAAUCGAGCGGCAUUCAAGAUUUGAAUACUGCUAUCUGCACUGGACGACGCGUGGCCAACUGAUGACCCACAAUCAGUCGACGACGCGACACCACGAGAUCUACAACUCCAUAAGGCAUAUGGAUCAUCUAUUUGGCAAGAACUACAAGAGCGAAGUGCGUACAUUUACGAUUUAUGGUGUCUUUGACAAGCGCAAUGACAUCCUGUUCCACGACAGCACUGAUGCUCUCUAUGGGCUGCAGGAGCUGCAUCGGGAUGAUGCCAAACGCACCAUGGAGCACAUUUACGACCGUUACACUACGCAGUAUUACGCUGUGCGUGGGGAAGACGACGACAGUGGGGGAACACACUUAAAAGGCAGCAGCAAUUUUUGCAUUGUUUUGUUACUGGCAACUGCCGCUAUGUGGCGUUUAUCACUUUAGUCAGCAGUGCACCAAAUGAAAUUUAUUUAUUGUGAUAUUACUUUAAAUGUGCACACAAAUAAAGCUUAAUUAUGCUAAGUUAGUAAAAUAUAACAAGUUUUAUU